UCUCCUCUUUUUUAGAAUUAUCUCUCAAACAACUCAUCUCUAUUUUUCUCUCUCUCUCUACUCUUAUUAUUGCCUUGUUAUUAAGGAAUUACAAAGACCCAAAUAAACCAAAGUUGUAGCAAAUUAAAUUAUAAUGGCGAAAUUCAGCGCACUCUUUUUGAUAGCUCUUAUUGUUUGCUCUACUACUCUAACUUUUGCUGUUCGUCCUAUGCAAAAUUCUCCUCAUGGGGAUUCAGAAAAAGAAAAUUUGAAGGUGAAUGAUAUUGAAAAUUGUGAAGGAGCUAGUGAUGAGGACUGUUUGCUGAGGAGAACACUCGUGGCUCAUACUGAUUACAUCUACACUCAAAGCCAAAAUCCUUGAAUAAUAUACUUUUUAAUUAUAUAAUACUCCCACCCGUACCUCGUACGAGUAUAUGAUUUCAGAUUUCACAGGAUUUAUCUUUUGGAGAAUUUAAUGUUAAUUACGUAGAGUAUGAUUACCAUUUACUACUUGGCCGCUUUAUCAAUCUAGAUUAUAUGAGUAUAUUAUAGUUACUUUAUUUAAUAUUUCUUUC